UGGCGGUGCAGACUGGUGUUCUUUUAUUUUUGCAAGUCCUGACUAUGUUCUAACUUUGCCGCAAUUAUUUUCAAACUAUGCGUAUACACCAUUGCACGCCGCUACCCCUCACUAUGUUGCCAGGAUAACGUCUCACGGUCUCAGAGGCGAAGCGCGUGCUUGAUAUGACGUAUCGCAUUCACCCGGUCGAGGCGCGUACAACUGUGGUCUGCAUGGUGCCAGUAGAGGCGGCGGCAACCUUCCGUCCCAUUACCGGAUCCAAUUUUGUGAGAAAUUUGCAUUGACUAACGCGUUACCGGCGAUCUGUGGCGCGCGCUAUGCGUUGCCGUCAAGAUUAGAAACCAGCGCUCAAGAUAGUACUCGCCGAGAGCGAUUGAAUCGUCGCCACCGCGGUUGAAAGGAGCGUACCGCCACAAUGCAUGCAUCUGCAAUGCCGCAGAGGAGGAGACGACAGGUUGAGUCGCAGCAACAGAGUUCUGUGGAGCCGAUGCAAGUCGACGCGCCGCCCGAGGAGAAUGAAGCGGCCGAGGAAGAGACCUACGUCGUCGAAAACCCAACUUUGGACCUGGAAGCACAUGCCAACAGCUAUGCGGGCCUUGCCCGACUCUACCGACUCCUGUACAUUGCCGACCACUGCCCGUCGCUGCGAGUCGAGGCUCUGCGCAUGGCCCUCACCCAUGUGCAGAACACGUACAACAUCGCCAAGUACCAGGAGAUUCACAAGAAGCUCAGUGAGGCUGUGGGGAGCACUCCGAACCUGCCUGAUGUGACGGGCAGCAGCAGCAGCUCAGGAGCCGUGCCACCCCUAGACAGCCAGUGGAUUGAGACCCGCAGCAAAAAGGCAGCAUUGAAGCUGGAAAAACUCGACACUGAUCUCAAGAACUACAAGAGCAACUCGAUCAAGGAGAGUAUCAGGCGCGGCCACGACGACCUUGGCGACCACUACCUCGACUGCGGGGACCUCAACAAUGCGCUCAAGUGCUUCUCCCGGGCACGUGACUACUGCACGAGCAGCCGGCACGUGGUCAACAUGUGCCUAAACGUGAUAAAGGUCAGCAUUUACCUGCAGAACUGGUCCCACGUGUUGACGUACGUCAACAAGGCGGAAGCGACGCCAGAAUUUGCUGACGGUCAUGCCAAGGACACGCACCAGAGCAUAGUGACCAAGCUGCGGUGUGCAGCCGGACUGGCCGAGCUGGCCACCAAGAAGUACAAGUCGGCCGCCAAGAACUUCCUUCAGGCCAGCUUCGACCACUGCGACUUUCCCGACAUGCUGUCCCCGAACAAUGUUGCCAUGUACGGCGGACUCUGUGCCCUGGCGUCGUUUGAUCGCCAGGAACUUUUGCGCAACGUCAUCUCUAGCAGCUCUUUCAAGUUAUUCCUCGAGCUGGAGCCACAGCUGAGGGACAUAAUCUUCAAGUUCUACGAGUCCAAGUAUGCCACGUGCCUGACACUGCUGAAUGAAAUCAAAGACAAUCUCCUCUUGGACGUGUACCUGGCCUCGCAUGUCAACACUCUGUACACCCAGAUCCGGAACAGAGCUCUCAUUCAGUAUUUCAGCCCAUACUUGUCGGCCGACAUGACGAAGAUGGCGCAGGCGUUUAACACAACCAUAGGUCCCCUCGAGGAGGAGUUGAUGCAGCUGAUUCUCGACGGACAGAUUCAGGCGCGCAUAGACUCUCACAAUAAGAUACUGUACGCCAAGGACAUUGACCAGAGGAGCACCACCUUUGAACGGGCACUUGCGAUGGGCAAGGAUUACAAGCGCAGGACAGCUGCACUGGUACUGAGGUCUGCAAUGCUCAAGAAUCAGAUACACGUUAAGCUUGCUGGCUCUCAUGCUACCCCGCAGCACAUGCGAUGAGCAAAGUCCCGUUGUCUGAACCGAGGUGUCGCGCCGGGUUUUGCGCAGAGCUUGCCCCGAGAAGGCUCGCAGGGCGCAGACAUCUCCAUGGUGUCGUGCAACUGCACCGCGGCUCGCAACUAGCCGGGGAUGCCAGCCAAGCUCCUGGCACUGACUGUGCGCCCCAGUUGUUUCUCUCUCUCUCUCCCUCUUCGAUGCACCUCCCCACCUUCUUUUUUUGCGUGUGCGUGCAUGCGUGUCUCUUUCUCUCUUUUUGUUUUUCUUUUAGAUUUGAAGUGUCUCCCGGAAGAAGAUUCUGCUGCUGCCUUCAUUGCCAAAUUUUUUGUUUAUUUGCAAGGCGCACUUCUGCAUUGUAAUAAAAUUUUACAGCAGCA